AUGGCGCUUAAGUUCGCCGCCGCACUUUGCGUGCUCUUAAUAGAGCGCGGGGCAGCUCAGGACUGCCCCUAUACAGUCAGCGUCUUGGACGUCCCGGGCGUGCAGUGCACGACGGCGCUGCCUUGUUCAGGGACGUACUACGCCACGGGAUUGACUCAAGGCGUCGGGGCAUGUCCCACGGGCUCGAGCUGUGCGCUGCUGCCGCUGACGCCUAUUAUGGGCUGUGCCGCUGCAGGUCGUUCAGACCUCAUUUACGUGAAUGGAGACGGCACGUUGACAAAAGGCGGUAGGUCAGUGACACUCUCAGGUAAUAUUGCAGUGGACGUAACGCUGGCACCAAGUAGCAGCAGCAGCAGCAGCGGUAGCAGCAAGAGCAAGACGGGACACAGUGGCAGCAAAAGUGACAGCAAUAGUGGGAGCCGCUCGUCAAGUGGUUCGCGGUCCUCGACGGACAGCACGAGCGACAGUAACGCAAGUUCAGGGUCGUACUCGGCGUCCAGCAGCUCAAGUGGUGACAGUAAUGACUCUGCUUCGGGCAGCAGUAAUUCAACAAAGGACGACGACGAUUCGUCGAAUAGCACGUCCUUUUCGUGGUCGUCUGAGUCGGGUUCUGGUAGCGUCACGAUUUCCCCCGGCAGUAGCUCUGCAAAUCAACAGGCUGAGUUCAAUCCCGGGUCGAUUCUCAGCGACAGUUCCAAGACAACAAAGACUUCUUCAGACGAUGGUCUUAGCCUCGGGUCCAUUAUCGCUAUUGUCGUGGGCUGCUUGGCAGUGGUAGCUAUAGCUGCUGGCGCGCGGCUGCUGAAAAAGGGCAAGGAGGCCGAACUGGCAACUCCGGAGGCGGCUGCAGAUGCCUAUAAUAACGGCGGCGGUGGUGGUGGUGGCGGUAUGACUCCAAAGGAAAACGUGCUGCUGCUUUAA